AUGAGGAGAAAAGACGAAGAGAAGAUCGCGCUAUAUGUUCAAUCUAGGAAGAGGUUAGUUAGGCAAAUGGCGAAACUGGUUUCGACCGUACAGAAGAAAACCAAAACGGCCGGGCAAGGCAACAUCACCACCGAUCUUGCCGCCGCGAUCGAAGAAGUCAUCGGAGUGACGAUGGCGGUUUCUCUGGCGCUGUUCAACGGAAUCGCAGAAUCAUUCAGGACAAGGAAGCCAUGGGCGUGGACAGGAUUUGAUCAGGUAUCGAAGAAGGGGAUUCGAGAGUUGGGAGAAAUUGGAUCUGAGAAUUUGAGAGAAUUGAAGAAGAAAGGGAAAGAGGAGACGAAAAGGACGAUGAAGAAGAUGCGAGAUUUGGAGGAUUGGAUUGGAGACAUUGAAACUCAAAGCCAGAAGGUUUUCAGAAGUUUGAUCAGCGCCAGAGUAUCGUUGCUAAACUCUCUGUCGCAGCAACAGAUAUUACAAAAAUAG